AAAAUUGAGCGCUAGUUGAAAAACAUUUAAGCGGCAAUAUGAAAAUAUAUCUUUAUUUACCAAAAUUUAAAAACUCCUUAAAACAAAACAAAAAUUUCAAUCCCUAAAUCACGUAUUCUCUCAACAAAUCUCUUCCACUUCUCUUCUCUCUUCUCACCACGGCCGCAAAUCACCACCGCAAAUCUCACCACACCACGAUGAGCAUCCCUAAAUCGCACCACCACCAUCUCUAAAACCCUAAAUCGCCCACCACAACUUCAUUUCAGUUUGGCUUCUGCAGUUUAGCUUCUCAAAAUUCCUAACUCCGGUACCUAUGACGUCUUUAGCCGGAUCAGGAGAGCCACCCUUACCUCCACCUGGUGGUGGUGGAGACUUAGGUGGGCAUGGGUCAGACCCACCUACACGUGGACAGGGUAAAAGGCUUGCACACCGCGACCUCAAGCGUAGAACGGUGUACAACUGCAAUUUGACGUCUAUGCCCCGUCGCCUUAACCCAGAUGGUACCGAGGUACCACUUGUUCUUGAUCCAGAGGAAGAAACACGUGUAGAUGAUGAAAUCAAUCCUGCUGAUCUUUUGGCUCCUAGAGAGUUUCUUUUAGUGGACAGAUUUGGUAGACCUAUCAUCAUGCCUUACUUAGAUGAUUUCCAACCACAAAAAGCCGCCUCGACAUCCAUCAGUGCAGCGAUUGAGAAAAACUUCCAUCAACCAUGGCUUUCAUGGAAAGAGAUUAAAAAGGAUAAGAUUGCCUGGGAGUCGUUUUGGAAUACUUUUCGUGUAAAAUGCACUUGGAUGACACAAUUAGACCAAACGAUGAUUAAAAUAUUCGACCGGAAAUGUUCAAAGAGGUUGUCAACUUUGUUAUCUAAGGCGCGUGAUUCAGGAAAAAAACCUGACUGGAUUGGUGAAAACGCUUGGCCUGGUUUGCAAGAAAAAUGGGGCACCACUGAUUAUAAGAAAAAAUGUGAACAGGCGGUGGCAAAUAAAGCGUCUAAUAGUAGAGGAGGGAGCAUCCACAGGGGUGGACAAACAUCUGGUGCUUCAUUUCGUGCUCAAUUUUUCCAAGAUAAUGAACGUGAUCCAACAAUGUUAGACGUGCAUGAGUACUUCCAUAAAAAACCUGACGGGACAUGGGAUACAGUAGAAGCGGCACGAGUACAGAGGGAGAUGGAACAGUUUGAAGAAAAUUUUAAUGCUCAACAAAAUGCUCUUCCACCUAGUGAGCAGGCUACUGAAGAGGUUAGAGACACAAUAAUGCUGGACCAAUUUGUCGAGGUUGCUGACGGGAUGAAAAAAAAACGUCUAAGGGGGCAAGGCAAUGCAUCUUCAUUGGUGAUAAGGACCCCGAUGGGAUAUAGACUUGAUCCUAGCUCCACUCUUAGUAAUGUAUGCUCGAGUAGUUAUACGGCUCGAUCUCAUGCAGCUGUCAAUUUUGAAGAGAUGGAACGCCGACUCAAAGCUGACAAUGAUGCUCGGGUUCAAGCCGAGGUUGCAUCUCAGCUCAAAUCUCAUCUCGACACAAUGAGGUCGCAGCUCCGAGCUGAAACAAUGGAGAACAUGGAUUUAAUUAUUCAAAGGACACUUUCACAACACGAUAUUCGGGGACAACAAUAUCAACGCCAACCACAACAGCAAAACUCCCAAAAUAUGCCUGCUCGCCACUCAACAUAUACCAGCUCGAAUCCUCAUCAGCAACACCAGCGAUACGUGCCGCAGAUGCCAUCUCGCCACUCAUCAGUUCAGGAGACCUCGCGAUUUCAGCCUAUGUCAUUUCAAAGCAAUUCAUCAUCACUUCAAGAGUCUGGCGGCAGUUCUCGAUUUGUAGGCCAAACGUCUAAUCAAAGCUUGACAUAUCAGGAACUCGCCUAUCGGCCUACUGUUGAUUUCAAUAAAUCGACGAGUCAAAUCCCACCAUUUAAUGCUGCCAAUCUCACAAAUAAUAUGAUCAAUGAAGAAUUUAUUUCAGACUUUCUUCCCCCUUUUGACAAUCAAGGUGUAAAUUAGGGAGAAAAUCAAGACUGAAGUGUUAUAGCCCUAUGCUGAAUUAUUGGGUGGAGUUGACUUGGUGCUUCAAUUUGGGAGUGUCACUAGCAAUUCUGCAGAGAUGAUUUUUAGCUUUAUUAUUGAGUGGAGUUGGCUUGGUGCUUCAAUUUGGGAGUGUUUCAAUUUGAAAGAUCACAUGGUGUCACUAGCUUGGUCUGAUAUAUGUACACUAGCUCUUAUUGUUUUGAGUAUUGCAUUUUCUAACUUAUAAUUUUGGUGUUUGGAUCCUGGUAGCAUAGCUUAGUAUUUCUUUAGGUUGGUGUAGUUUUAUGUUGAAUUGGAGAACUACAUUGUUUGGUACUAGUUCCUGACUUCUUGGCUCCUGCUAUGUAACCUACUAUGUAACAUACUUUGGUUUUGAGUAGUGAAACAAAUUAGAUUUUAAUUUUA